UUUUCUGCUCCCUUCCAUCUAUUUUUAAUUAAAUCAAACAACAAAAUAUGAAUUUAUACAAUUCCGCUUCAGUCCAUAUUCCAUCUAUCAUAAGAUAACCUAAGAGACAUAAGAGUAUCGUAAUAGAUCCCUUUCCUCUUAACAAAUUCUUUGUACAUUUUAUAUUAUGUUUUCGGAACUCAUGGAUGGAUUUGCUGAAUAUCGGCGCCACCACGAGAACCAAUGGGGACGUUAUACAGACCAAACGAAACAUCUCCAGAAGGGAAUUCAUUCAUAUCUCCAUACUCAGCUCACUCAUAUGAGGGAUAAUCGAGGCUCUCCAUCUGAUCUCGAAGUCACCAUAGAAGCAGCACUCGCGAGUAAAUGUAUUAAGAGAUCGACUUCCCGACAUGGUGGGUCUUCGAUCAAAACCGGAAGGAACGAUAUACGGAUGCGUCGGCUCAAUUUACCAGAAGAAAGAAACCGAUGUGUUUGCGUUCCUUGAAACUAUUAUGUUAUUAUCAUGUGUUGGUUUUGGUUGUUAUGAAACGUUCGUAUUAUCAUCUUCUAUUUUGUCAUGUAAUAUAACCAAACUAAUUGUGAUUUCUGAGAAGGGAAAUGGUGUUAAUCAAGUUUUGCUAAUGGCAAUUUCUGAGAAGGGAACAGUGAUGGGGCUACGAUGCUGGAUUCGAAUGACAUUGUGUCAGUGAAUUCCAUAAAUAAUACUUAGUGGUUAGUUGAAGUGGAACCAUGGAGAUAAGAUGUUGGGAUGAAUGUAGCCGAUCCGUAAUGCAUUGACAAUCGAACUAGUCGGCCGAAACGUCGCGGAGCAAGGUGUAUGAGUGACAAAGCUCGGGUUAGAGAGGAGCCAUUACGAAGGGCUCCCGUUCGGUGACCAUACCAGUAGAGCACACAAAGUAUUCGACAGAAUUCCCGAGCGAAAAGCAGAACAAUUCCUCAAAGCUUAAGGAGAAACAGAGCUCGGAUUGUGGAAAUUAAGUCACACCGACAUCAAAACUAGUCGAUCGCAUAGUCAACACCGUCAUUCAGAGACAAGUCACCUAUACUCGAGCUAGACAUAAUGACUGAGGUUCUGGCAUAUGACAUUAGUUGAUUAUGGUAGUAAUUACUGCAGUUAUAGGUUCAUGUAUAAUUUCUGUUAACAUUUCUGGUGGCAAUUAUUACCUGAACCAUCUCAUAUAUAGUCUCUGCAGAUUUAACAAAUGCAGGCCAAAGCCUGUCUUCUAUCCAGCUAUGCCUUUGAUGGUCUUAGAGCAACUUCAGGAAGUACAACAUCCAUAUCAAGUAGAUUAAUCUUUAGCUACCCUGAGAUGUGAGAAACUUUACCAACGAAGUGGUCUAUAAAACGACGAAGGAACCGCACAGUAAUCAUAGACUUCCAUAUCUGAAGCCGGAUUGCAAAAAGCAUCAGUGUUUUCCUGAGAAACCCGGUUUUCUGAAGCUUUAUAGGCACCAUCAAUAAUAUCAUCGCCCUUUAGAGAUAAGCAAAAGCAGUAGGAAUGAAGGAUCCAAAAGACCACUAGCUGUUUUGCUAAGCAACAGUAGUUGCUGAAGUUCACUCAAGCCGGACCUCUUUGAUACGGGACCUUGAAGGAAAAAUGGUUUCAACGGACGUCGCCAGUCAUUCUUACAUAUUCUGGACUCUAACCGUAGAACCAUCGAUAAUAAUGGCAAUGUUGUUACUUUUGCAAAUCUCAACGAUAGCUUUGAGUUAGCUACAAGAGUUAUUAAGAUACAGCAAGAGUGGAGAGCCACGACCAUUGCUCAUAUGAAUCGAAAUGGAGGGUUUUCUAGGAUUCUCACUCAUUCUUCAACUGAUAGGCCCUUGUUGUUGGAUUCGUUGUCACAGGCUGCUGAAAUUCAUCAUUGAAGUCCUAAAGCAUGCUACGAUGAAGUUUUCAGUCACCAGUCCAUGCUAUCAUGAUAGCUUGAUAUGGAGAACAUUUGUGUUAGGUGCUAACGAACAGUAUCUUCCUAUUAUCCUUGUCACAUCCGAUGGGCUUAUCACAGUUGAAAUAAAACGACUGAACAAUUGGAAAAGGGCUGGCUAUCAAUGUCAAUCUCGAUAGGUUAUCGUCAGGUGGGAGCGAUGGUAGACGAUAGAUAAUGGAAGCGAUUAAGGUGAAGCUGGAUUUUUGAGGAGCAAACCAUUGUGGAAACCAUUGUGGAAGGCAUAAUCGUUAAACUUGAUGGCUGAGGAUAAGAAAUUAUUUUCAAUUCUGCAAUUUAUUUGUUACUUAGUGGCCAUUCUCUUAAUUGAUUUGCUUAUGAGACGCAUAAAUAUAUAGGUUUGGAUUAUAACUAUUAUGUUGUAUAUUGUUAUGUGCAAGUUGUCAUGCUUUAACAGUAGGCAAAACAAUUGUCGGGGUAUUGCAGAUAUCAACAAAGAUUUUGUUAAAAAUACAAAAGUUCAGAAGUUUGAUGAGAAUGAAGGUUUCAAGCCUCAUGAGGAAUGGAUGCUUGAUACAGAAGGUGUCAACCUUUUAAUUGUUAUGUGCCAUGAAGAUGUUGAUGCAACAAGGUCCACAAGCAACUAUUUGAUGGAAGUUAUUGAAGUUCUUGGUAUUGAGGCAGUUCGACGUUCUCUGCUGGAUGAAUUGUGUGUUGUCAUUUCAUUUGACGGGUCUUACGUCAAUUACCGGCAUUUAGAUAUUCUUUGUGAUAUCAUGACAUAUCAAGGACAUUUGAUGGCAAUUACAUGUCAUGGUAUCAACAGGAAUGAGACUGGCCCAAUGAUGAGGUGCUCGUUUGGAGAGACUGUUGAUAUUCUCCUUGAUGCUGCGGUAUAUGCUGAGAUUGAUUACGUGAAGGGUGUAACUGAAAAUAUUAUGUUAGGUCAACUAAACCCCAUAGGCACCGGUGAAUGUGCCAUGUUACUUAAUGACGAGAUGCUAAAUAAUGCUAUUGAGCUCCAGCUACCUAGUUAUAUGGAAGGUCUUGAUUUUUGCAUGGCACCUCGUCGUUCCCCGAUAUCUGCUACUCCAUAUUGGGUAAACUUGAUGUCUCCAAGUUAUCUGCUGAGCCUGAAUCUCCGGCUGUCUCCUACUAACGAUGCACAUUUUUUUAAAUUAAUUAUCUAUAUUGUCGGAUAAGGCAAGGUAAUUUAUUUGCCGUUUGUAACUAAUUUAGGAAUUAUAUUUGGAAAAUGGGUGUCACUCAUUUUCCAACGAGGACGGGAAACACCUCUUCUUUUC